AUAAUAAAUUAAUUAUCGACGCCAGAAAUUAUUAUUGAACAGUUAGAAAAUGAAAAUAGUUUAAAAAUGUUCAUGAAGCUUGAUGAGGAUGUCGAUGAAACAAGUGUCAAAUAUUCAUGAAAAAGACCCAAUGAGUAACCUAGUUAAUGUUAGCAACAUAAAAGAAUAUCUUGAUUAUACUGAAAGUGAUGCGUCCUAUCCAUUAUUUCGCGUAGAUCGACUCUAUAGUGGUGAACUGAUCCAGUGUUUGACGUGUAAAUUUCAAGUCAAAAGUAAUUCCUUUAGUGAUAUAUACGCACAUUACACUCAUUUCCAGAAUUGCGAAAGUUCUGGCACUAUACAUUUUUAUAAGUGCCUAUAUUGGCGUGACGUUCAUUUUUAUGUACGAUCAGCUUAGAGAAACCCAGACAUUUUUCACUUUUGUACACCCAUAGGAAAAACUAAUUAAACCAAAAUAUGGAUAUAAGAAAUGAAAAUUUGGACCUUCUAGAGUGUGAUCGAAAUUCUAAUAACUCUGAGGAAUCCGAGUACUUCAAGAAUAUUAAUCUGGGAUCGCAAGAAAUGGUUUCAGAAUCUCAAGCUACCAGUGAAUUAUCUGAAAUGGUUUCAAUAAACAUUGAAAAUUAUUCCGAACCUCUUCAAUACUCUAUAGAACAUACAAAAUCCUCGAACACAAAUGCUUCAGAUCAGUUUAUAACAAAGAAAGAUUUAAAAAGUACUAAUGCUGGAUCAUGUAAUUCUAAUUAUGGGUUUGGCAAACGGUGGUCAAAGUCGGAAGAUGUCUUACUUAAAUCUUUAGUUGAGGAGCAUGGAGAAAAUUGGGAGAUUAUAGCACCAAACUUUAAAGAUAGACUCGAACAACAGGUACAGCAGCGUUGGGCCAAAGUUUUAAAUCCGGAGCUUAUAAAAGGUCCAUGGACUCGUGACGAAGACGAAAAAGUUAUUGAACUUGUACGAAGCUUUGGACCCAAAAAAUGGACCUUGAUAGCGAGAUAUCUUAAUGGGCGUAUUGGAAAACAAUGUCGUGAAAGAUGGCACAACCAUCUGAAUCCGAAUAUUAAAAAAUCAGCAUGGACUGAGAAGGAGGACCAAAUUAUCUAUCAAGCUCACACUCAACUUGGAAAUCAAUGGGCAAAAAUAGCAAAAUUGCUGCCGGGACGUACGGAUAAUGCUAUAAAAAAUCAUUGGAACUCAACAAUGCGUCGAAAAUAUGAUGCGGACCGUAGGUCUAAUAAUUCCUCAGAAAAUGACUUAAGGAGUUCAAGAACCCAUCUUAUUACUUUAAUCAAAUCUGGUGGCAUCAGUAAAGUACAAUCUCAUUUUCAGCAGAAAAAAAAUGCUGAAGAUUUAUCUGACAAUAAAUCAAAUUUAAAAUCUGAAGAUAGUAAGACCUUAUUAAAUUUCAUUAAACAAAAAUCUGGCCUAACUGAACCACAUAGUAGGAUUCUGUCGAGCGCUAAUCGAGGAAAACUGCCACUUCCCCGCCAUACUCCCAACAUACUAAAACGUUCCCGGAUAAACAUUCCUGGACCAGAACUUCAUACAUUGGGUGUGAACUGCAAAAAUGAUAAUACACCAAUAAAGUUAUUACCGUUCUCCCCUAGCCAUUUUCUUAAAUCCCCAUGUCUGACAACUUUUGAAGAUAUGAAUAUUUGUGCUAGCACUCCAGUAAUUAAGAUUUAUAAUGGAUGUGGUAAAGAGGUCAAGAAAGAAUUGGGGAGCCCUUCCAUUCAAUCGCCUCUUAAGGGAACACUUGGACCAAGAACCCCAACGCCAUUUAAGAAUGCGCUUGCAGCUAUAGGCAAAAAACGACACGGUCGACGGUAUGAACCGUCUAGUCCGUCAAGUCUAGUGGAAGAUCUUGCUGAAAUUAUCAAUGAAGAAGAACAACUAAACCAUUCAAAAACUUCACAAAAAAACAACAAUAUUAAUCAAAACACAAAGCACAAUGUAUUGCUCAAUGUAGAAAAAAACCUAAGAUCACGGUCUCCACAUCUUACGCGUGCAAGGAAGUCUUUACUUUCAACUUGGACUACCAACCAAAUUUCCAAUGUGGUAUACGGCAAAAAAAUACAACCCUUUGAAGCAGAAACUCCAAGUAAGAUUCUAACAUCUCCAAGCAACAUUAUGAAAGACCCCCUAUGUAGUGAGCAAGAUUUACCGUUCGAUGAAGGCAGAAAAGAAAACAGACCAUACUAUAAGCCUCGGGGCCUAUCAAGUGACAACAUCAUUGAUCCGAAAUGGGCUCAAGUAGCUUGUGGAAAAACCAAAGAUCAGCUGUUUAUGGAAGAGCAAGCAUAUGCGUGUCUUAAAAAUUUUUCUUGUUUGCCACGUUCUCUGAAAUUUGAAAAACACAAGUGUAACUAUAUUUUGAAUGAACAGUUUUUGCAAAUGUGAAAGAUUUAUAACUUUUAUUUGAAUAUGUAUUGUAUAUAAUUAAUAAUUCACUAUGCAUAUAUAAUAAACGAAAGCCCAAUAAAAAUACGAGUUAUAAGAGUAUUCUGAAAA